UUUCUCUUUAGUCACAGCGCCAUCUCAUGGUUGACUAAAACUUCGAAGAGGAUUUAUUCUCCGGAGACUAAGAAUUAGAGUCCUACCUCGGCUCCACGCCUUGAAGUUUACUUAACGAAAACUAAAGGCAGCGAGAGAACGUACUUUGGAGGUCCUUUGAUACACGUUUUUCCCUAGUUUUCGGAGGACCCAGACUCUAUGAUCAGUGGUGAAGAGGCGCCUCUUCUGUCGGCGCUUGCGCGAGGUGGUUCCGCAUGCGCGGUGGGGUUGAGCGAAGCGCACGCUGAGGAAGAUCGGUGGCUGGUGCGGCUUGAUCUAGUCUGAUCUUUCCGGUUACAGCGCGACGAGGGACCCCAGUGCGGGAUUCACACACAAACGUCAGAAUGCCAGGUCUAAGUUGUAGAUUUUACCAACACAAAUUUCCUGAGGUGGAAGAUGUAGUGAUGGUGAACGUGAGAUCCAUUGCCGAAAUGGGGGCUUAUGUCAGCUUGCUGGAAUAUAACAACAUUGAAGGCAUGAUUCUUCUUAGUGAGUUGUCCAGAAGGCGUAUCCGUUCUAUAAACAAACUUAUCCGGAUUGGCAGGAAUGAAUGUGUGGUUGUCAUUAGAGUGGACAAAGAAAAGGGAUAUAUUGAUUUGUCAAAAAGAAGAGUUUCUCCAGAGGAAGCAAUAAAAUGUGAAGACAAAUUCACAAAAUCCAAAACUGUUUAUAGCAUUCUUCGUCAUGUUGCUGAGGUGUUAGAAUACACUAAGGACGAGCAGCUGGAAAGCCUAUUCCAGAGGACUGCCUGGGUCUUUGAUGACAAGUACAAACGACCUGGAUACGGUGCCUAUGAUGCAUUUAAGCAUGCUGUCUCAGACCCAUCUAUUUUGGAUAGUUUAGAUUUGAAUGAAAAUGAACGGGAAGUACUCAUUAACAAUAUUAAUAGGCGUUUGACUCCACAAGCUGUCAAAAUUCGAGCAGAUAUUGAAGUGGCUUGUUAUAGUUAUGAAGGCAUUGAUGCCGUAAAAGAAGCCCUGAGAGCAGGUUUGAAUUGUUCUACAGAAACCAUGCCCAUUAAGAUUAAUCUAAUAGCUCCUCCUCGGUAUGUGAUGACUACAACAACCCUGGAGAGAACAGAAGGCCUGUCUGUCCUCAAUCAAGCUAUGGCUGUUAUCAAAGAAAAAAUUGAGGAAAAGCGGGGUGUGUUUAAUGUUCAAAUGGAGCCUAAGGUGGUCACAGAUACAGAUGAGACUGAACUUGCAAGGCAGCUGGAGAGGCUGGAGAGAGAAAAUGCACAAGUGGAUGGAGAUGAUGAUGCAGAAGAAAUGGAAGCCAAAGAUGAAGAUUAACUUUGUGGGAAACUAAGUCCAAUUUAAAGAACACAAAGCAGUCCUUCCUGGCUGUAAACCCUAGACUUGAAAGUUUUCCAGUAUUGAAAACUUCAAAGCUGAAUACUUUUUAUUUCCAAGUAUUUAAAUGUUCUAACAGACCAGAACAUGAAAUGCCCUCCUAAAUGUCAGCUGUUCUCACACAGUAGCUCCAACACAUCAAGCAUUUCUUAAGGGAGUGGCCUAAUUUCACUAGAGAUAAAUCUUUAAGCUAAGAGCAGUCCUAAAAUUGGGCUUGUUAUUUCUAUUUCUGAUGUCUCCAGAUUGGCACCCCUUUGUAGUUCAGUGCCUCCGUGAGAUUUAUACCAGGAGCACCCAAAGCAAAAAAUCCCAAUCUUUCUAUAUAAAAUGUAUUCAAGCAAACAUCAAAUAAAUUUCUGGGAUAUUUAA